UCCAGAUCCCACUCUCACGACUCGCUCUUCGUCGCCUCCUCUCCCACCUCUUCUGCUGCCCUUCUUCAGCGGCUUAAGCCCCGUCUCCCAGACUACGGCUCUCGACGACCACGCUCUUCGCUACCGCACCCUCGCUGGUCACGCCUAUCGCAGACUUCCGCACCACCUGCCCGCCCUGCGCCUCUCGUCACGAGACCUCACCUCCCACGCCCAACACCCACGACACGAUGGCUGCCGACUUCAUAAUGCCAACGCUGCCCGACCCUCUGCAGCAAAAGGCUCCCUUCUAUCACCAUCAUGAGUUUAGACCGCAGCCGCAGCAGCAGCUCCAACAACGACAGCAGCCGCGGAGGACGAACUCGGACUCUCCUGUCCGUCCCCAGCAGGCAGACCGCUCCUCACAACAAGUCUCGCCCCUCAACACCUCCAACAACGGCUCGCCCACGGCAACGUCUCCCAUGUCGCACCAUGCUCAACGCACACGGCCGAUGUACAUGCCCGCUGUCCUGAGACCAAAUGAAUACUCGUCCAGGGCAGCCCAGCGCAAAGCCGACGACGACAAUGGCUCGCCCACCCCGUCAAACAACAGCAGCUUCCUCACCCUGAGCGGGCUCGGGGCUUUUGGGCGGAUUACCCGUCGCCAGACCAACGACAGCGGCAAAUGCUUGCCUGAUGAUGACGAGGAUGAGGAUUUCAACCUUGAUGCUUUCCCGAAGCCUACGGCAGCGCCCACGCGUGAGCACUGGAAGCACGACACAGAGGCGACCAUCUGCGAUGAGCCUGCCUGCAUGCGCCAUUUCAACUACUUUACCAGGCGGCAUCACUGCCGCAAGUGUGGCAACAUCUUUUGCGAUUCACACUCCAAUUUCGACGUGCCGCUUGACCAGGAUGCCAACUACAACCCGCGUGGCACCGCGAGCCGUGCCUGCUUCCACUGCUACUCUGGUUUCAAGGCUUGGCGCAGCCGGACCAACAGUCAGGCAUCCAGCGAGGAGUCCUCUGUCAUUCAUGGGCACGGCGCUGCGACGGCACCAACCAGCCCGCUUUUUGCUAGUCCUGUCGGCAUGAAGGGAGGCCCAACGCCAAAAGCCCGUGCCGAAGUCGCCAUGAGCGUUCCUCGCGACUGGAACUGGAGCACUUUCUAAGCGGUACUGCUAUGACUGUCGACCCUACCUUGCGCACGUGCCAGUACUGCCGCCAUAAUAUUCUGCUGGACUUUACUCCAAGCUUGGCGUUUUUGCAUAGAAAGGUGUACUACCUUUCGCCAAAGAUCUUAAUGAUACCCCGGUGCCUGGACCUAUCUCAACAGGCACCGACACCCUUAUUCAUCUGACUGGAGUUUACGGGAGCUUAUAGACGUUGCCAUGAGCUUUGCAAGUUUUCGUUUUAGCCGAUGCCCACUUUCCAGCGCACGAAAAGUCUGUUUCUAAACAGACCUGAGCAAGCGAGGCGAAGUUUUGUUUUACACUUGGUGGUUUUGAUCUUAUAGAUAUACUAGACAUUUUGAUAAUUUGGGCAGGAUGCGGCGCCUAGGAGUUACGGGUAUCUAAAACCAGAUAGAAACUUGCUUCAAUCUGUCAAUUCUCAAUAAAGUCGAGCUGAGCGUUCAAUUUGA